AUGACGGCUGGUCUUGAACAGGGUUCAGAUUCUACCGUGACUGUUGAUCUUGAACAGGAUUUAGAUUCUACCGUGACUGUUGGUCUUGAACAAGGUUUAGAUUCUACCGCGACUGUUGGUCUUGAACAAGGUUCAGAUUGUACCAUGACGGUUUGUCUUGAACAGAGUUUAGAUUCUACCGUGACUGCUUGUCUUGAAUAA